AUGUCUGAUAGCGAGUCUCCGUUCGAAAGAGAGCCUAAUACGUUCGAUGGGGAGUCAUUGGACGAUCAUGGGGAUUUUGAUAGUGAGGCCGUAAGCCUCGAUGCCGAGAGUGGUGCAAAUACCGAUGUCGAGAUAAUCGAUGUGGGGACAAGCUCCGUUCCUACCCACGACAUCGGGAAGGGGCUGAUGACUAGCCAACCGAUGUCGUUGGCUGUGGUGUAUAGUGACCGCAGUCAUGCCAAGGCGCACCAGUAUUGCGAGUUCCAAGUGGUGGAAACUCGGAUGCCAGAUCGGCACCCUAGUCAUCAGUUAGAGACCUUAACUUUCGGCUGUGUCGAGGCUACUGCCGCACCUCCUUCCCAACCGAAGGUAACCAUAGUCCACCAAGGGAACCCUAGGGUACCGGUUGGUGUGCCGAAAAAAUAUCUGUUUGGGGUAGAUGAUUUGGAGCCUAAUAAGAUUACCGAAUGGGAGCUGACUAAAAUUCGUAAGGAGUUCCGAAUACCGGACUCGGUAAGGAUGAGAAUUCCAGGUCCUACCGAAUCCCUGAGUAACCCAAAGGACGGCGAGGUCGCCGUUUUUACUCACAUUCUCCAAUUGGGGGUUUGGCUACCGUUGCAUCCUCCCGUUCAGAGGAUUCUUUCUCAGAUUGGGUAUGCUCUAAGGCAGUACAACCCCAACUUCUGGGUGGCUCUGAUAGGGGUAAUCUUAGCAUUUGGCCUUGCCGAAGAGGGGGAGCCGUCCUACGAGCAAUUCUCCUAUUUGUACAGCAUUACAAAGUCCAAGUGUGCUGAUCACGGAGGUUGGGUCAAGCCAACUGUCUCAGGGCUUCCAAACAUGGUCACUUUGUCGGUGUUGUACCGUCAUCUCAGAAGUCCUGGAGGAAUCGGAGGGUGCUUCUCUCUGGUGACUGGGAGUCACCCUUGGACAGGCCCGUCCAGUUUCACAUCCCCACCACCUUCCAAAUAA